UUUAUUGUAGAUGACCAUUGUUACAAAAAAUAGUUGUUGGAACAGAACCAGAAAAACAAAAAAACAAAAUUAUUACUUUCAGUAAGAUGAAUAAUUUUUGGCCUGCUAUUAUUUUUGCAUUAGUCAUAGGUCUUGUGAAAAAAUCAACUGGCCUUUCCCUACAAGAUCCAAUUGAUAGAACCUUUCAAGAUCAAUUUUUAUGGCAACCGAACAAAUAUAAUUUGGAAAGCAUGUGUGGGGGAGAAAAGGCAGAUGCUUUAAGUGGAAGAAAUAAACAAAUGUAUUCCAUGUGGCGCAAUGUUAAAAGAACAAUAAGGGAAUUAGUCCGAGAAAAAGUUACAGAUAAAGAACUUUCUGAUUUAGUCACAAAUUAUUGCCGAAGAAAUGAGGAAAUGGAAUUCGUAUCAAAGGAACUUGUUCAAAGUGUGCAGAAUUGCUUUGGAAAUAGAUAUCAUCUCAAUGAAGAAAAAAAAUUGGCAGCUAAACAGGCUUUUAUUGAUUCUGUUUGUGGAAAUGUGUAUUCAUCGCUUCACUGGGAAUAUAUUUUUAAUGCCAAAGUUCCCAAAAUCAUGGCAUAACCGAUUAUAAAAUUUUAAUCGACCAGAAGCCUCAGUGAAUCCGCAAUCUUAAUUGGCUACUUGCGAUUGCGAUCGAUUCAAUGCCAUUUUAAAUUUAACUUUUUUUAUUUAUCUACAAUAUAUUUCACGGAGUCGUCUUAUAUUUGUUAAAAAUGGAAAUACUUCAGAGAAACUAACAAUCUGAUAUAUAAUAUGUUUUACCUGUUGAUUUGAAAUAUUAAUUUUUUUGUGAAAUAUGGGAGCAUAACCUCAACAAUUUCAAUUCGAUUCAAAAACAUCAAAAGAGAAUAAAAAUAUCAAUCGUUCAAUCAGAAUUUUCUUCUUUCCUGAGUUGAUCGAAAAAAGGAUAAGAUCUCAGAAAUUCGAUUACACACAAUUAAAUAUUUUCGAUCUUUAAUCGGCGAAUUUAUCGACAUCCGAAAAGUAGGAAUCUGCAUGCUCACAAUCUACAUCCCAAAAUAUAAUAAUUAUAAGAGACCUCUACUUGUAUAUAUUACAUUGAACAAAAAUAAUACUGAGAAGGUAUACAGCUAAAUUAAAGAAUAGAAAAAUGGGUAUUAUUAAA